AUGGAUAUCAUUGCUGCACAUAUCAUGCCACGGCAGGAGGAGCACGAGGAGCACAAGGAGCUCAAGUCUGAGGAGGCAGCUGAGCCGCCUAUUACGAUUAAUCAAACACUAAAUAGCCUCAAGUGCCUGCUCAGCUUCAAGGAGCUCAUACUACUCAUGCGCAUGGAAAGAAGCCUCUAG